AUGCGGCGUGGUUCAAUGGCUAUGGCCGGUGGCGGCGAACCACUAAUCGUGGUUGAGGAGAGCGGUGUCGAAGAGUCUGAGUCUCCUCAGCGCUACGCCGCGCCACUUCGCGGACUGUCUGAGGACCAGGAGUCACCCCCCGAUCCGUACCAUCUCUCUCCUUGGAGAGACACUCGCAAGCACUCCUUACCUACUCCGGCUUGCACCAGCGGACCUACAGCUAGCCAGGUGCGCCGUCUAUCUGAACGAGGAGAAGGUGCUGCUAAGGAAGCUCGUGAAGCUGCGUUUUUGGCCACACUAAGCCAAGCUCCACCCCAACCAGGUGGCAGGAGACAUUCUGUGGUGACCAUAUCACGAGUGCCGCAAUCUUUAUUUGGCAGAGGGCGGCGAGAGUCCAUCGCAGCGUUCCCAGCCCUCAGCCGUCGAGGAUCUGGGGCUAAGAAAUUUCCGCCAGCAACUGAUACUCUGGGAAGCACUCACAAUUUGCAACUAGACAUAAUGGAUGACAUAGUUCAGGCUCGAAAAGUGCGCAUGCGUCUAUGGAAUACAUCCAGUGAGAAAGUUUGCGAAGUGCAGCCCCUUGAUGAACGGUCGCCGAUAAGCGGGUCUAUUCGAUACACUAACCGCGGCCGCAGACAUUCUGACUUCGUAGGUUCGCCCUUGCCCCCCAUACCGGCCCGUCGUCGCGCAUCAGAAAUGCCACCACCUCCUCCCAUUCCACCUCGAAGCAAUGUUGGGGUAAUUUGUACAGAUACGGAUCUUAAACACAUGCUCAACGCACUCACUUCAUCCGCCACAGAGAUCGACCGCUGCGGAAAGCCGGAGCGUACCAGACUUCUUUCUGAUAUGAGAUCCAGCAGUUUCGAUGCAUCUACAUUGCGGGAGAACCUCUCGGAAAACGGCGCAACUUGGUUUACUCGUAGGCACCAAACACUAGCCACAAAGAAAAAAGAAAACGAAGCUAAGAAGUUAAAGGUCACGUUUGCGCCAGACUCAAAGAAAGCACCAGGUGAUACCGCAGCAGUUGUAUGGGAUAAACCUACAGGAUCGGUUGUCGAUGCUAGUGCAUUGGGUAGCGCGAUAGAGGUAUUUUUGAGGAGGAGCAGCACUGCUUCUCCGGCGCCAUCUACUACCGCUAUCGUCAAGGAAACAAAGAGUAAACCUGACGAUCGCUUGAAGUUGAGGGAUGCACCAAGUACAAGCAAGGAAGGUGAGCGCUGGUUUAUCAGUAAGCCCGAGGAAGACGAUGGUACAGGAGGCUGUGAGGCAUCAAUAUGCUCAUCAUUAAAAGAUCUUUUCGUGUAA